UAUUUUAUUUUCAGUCAUUAUGAAACAAAGAAAACGACUUCAUGACCAAAAAAAAAAGAACUUGCCUUAUGAAUGCUUCCAUGAUGAUUUUUUACAGAUAAUGGCAAAAAUAUUCCGCUUCUCACGUUGGUUUGGUGUAGCUGGCUCUGGAAAUGUUUUGUGGAAAACAUUUGGGCUUUGCAUUUUGCUUUUGCUCGGAGUCAUAGAAGGCGUCGCUAUUUGGCGUGUUGUUAGAGCACUUGCUGGAUUAUCUAUUGAUAUUGAAGGUCAUAGGAGUGUGACUGCGCGGCUAGCGGGAGCAACUUUCUAUGCUUCCUCGAUAACUACACUUAUUCUUUCUUGGAAGUUGUCCUCGUCAUGGGAAACAAUAGCUUUGUAUUGGGUUUCAAUUGAUCGAAGUGUAGCAAUUAACGUUUCGUCUGAUAAAAAUAUAAAAACCCGGAUGAUCACAGUAACGUCUGUGAUGGUAACUUGUGUUGUUGCGGAACACACCAUGAGCAUGAUGUCACAAGUUGGGUUUGACUGCCCGCCUUCACUUAUACUAAAGCGGUACACACUGAUAUCUCAUGGAUUUUUGUUACUCAGAACGGAUUAUUCGAUAUGGUUUGCCGUACCGCUUCUCUUUAUGAGCAAAAUAGCUACGAUCCUCUGGAACUACCAAGAUAUACUUAUAGUAUUAAUAAGCAUGGGAUUGACUUCUCGAUACAACACCCUUAACCAAUACGUUGCCAAGUUCUCUACACCCAACAAGGAUUUUCCUUGGAACCCUCAUGAUGAGUGCAGUAAAGGACAUACGUGGCGCAGAAUACGUGAGGCGUAUGUGAAGCAGGCCCAGCUCGUUCGCCGAUUGGAUAAGUCACUGGGCGGACUCAUCCUGCUCUCAAACCUUGUCAACUUUUACUUCAUUUGUCUACAGUUAUUUCUAGGGAUUACACAAGGACUUUCUGGAGAUUUGAUAAAACGUAUGUACUACGUGGUGUCGUUGGUGUGGCUAUGCGUCAGAGUGAGUUGCGUUGUGCUCGCGGCUGCCGAUAUAAACGUGCACUCCACGAAAGCUCUCCGGCACCUCCAUGCUAGUGACAGACACUACUACAAUGUUGAAAUAGUGAGAUUACAAAAUCAACUCAGUCAAGAUUACGUCGCUUUAACGGGACUGGGAUUUUUUUCUCUUAACAGAACAAUUUUAUUGCAAAUGGCGGGAGCAAUAAUCACGUAUGAAUUAGUACUAAUACAAUUCGAUGAUCAUGGAUUUACGGAACACAAGUCUGCUCUAAAUUCCACAACGUUCUAAAGCGUCAAAUACCUACAUGCGGUGCGAGCACCGAAAAGAGAUUAUCUCAUUAACAGUUUUACUGGUGU